AUGCCUCCUCUGUCGGCGUACACUCCGUUUGAGUCCCUGCUCUUUUUCCAGUCCUUAGCGGCCUCCGAUGUGCGCCCGGCAAGCUUCACCUCGAUCUCAACCCUCUUGAGCAACAAUCCACAUGUGCGCCAGCAUGUCGCAUUCAGUGCCGAUCGCCUGAGCCCCGAGGCUCUCGAGGAUCUGUAUGCGACAUUGUUGCGCGAUGGGUUUGAUCGAGAACAUGGUCCCAAUGCAUGGCCAACGGACACCUCGGGAUCCAACAACCCCAAGAAGCGCAAGAUCUCCAGCCCGCGCCCAGAGAAUCUUUCGACCGCUACCACCCACUCCGUACUAGUCCCAGAGCUCGUCGCCCACCUCUACGCGGGGUACAAGGAGCUAGUCACGAAAGAGAUCAAAGAGGACGAGAAGCGAUAUACUCAGAUCAAGGAUGAAAUCGACCGUCUCCAGAAAGAAGGCGAUAAAGCCGUGGGACCGACAACUGCGACGCCCAUCCCCACCGAAUCUCCGCCCCAGCCGAUGGAUAUCGAUGUGAAGCAGGAAGCGUCACGGCAAGACGAGACUUUGAAGGAAGCUCUUCCACAUAAGAGACCGGAGGAUGUGUCGCAUGGCGCGGGUGAUGUGGUAGGGAAACCGCAGCCUGCCAAUGUCCAACCUAGUAGCAAUGCGACAGCGGUGGCUUUGAAAGAAUCAUCCGCGCAAGACAAAGCCGCUCCGCCAGGACAACCGAGUGGUCCAAAGCCCUCGCAAGUCCCCGUUCCCCCACCACUCGCCCCUCGAACCCAACAGCCGGUUCCUGGAACACCGACAGCACCGCCACCUACUGCAGUACCUCACCCAUCACAAAUUGCCCCGCGGCCGAACAUCCCCACACCUUUGACCAAGGUGGGCGGCGAACCAACUCCCACUCAAUCGAGUUUCCAGCAAUGGCAGCUUGAUCCUCCUCCUCACUCCCCUUACUCCGCCGUCUCUCCUACCGCUACUUCUCACAUUGGCCCCGCGGGUGCCAAGCAACCUCAACCUCCCUCCCAGGUCCCAUCACGGAAACACUCCAAGACCUCCGUCUCUUCCAAUGUCCCAAGCACGCCAGGUGCAGCGCCCUCAGAGGCGCAAACGCCUGUGCCAAUAGGCUAUCCACGGAUUUCGCAGACCCCGAGUGUGAUCCUUCCCCCGUUCUCCGAGACUCGAGCUUCUCGUCCACGGCUAUCUAUCGACACACCCGGCUCAUCUACUCCAUGGAAGCGGACUCCUCGUCUCAGUAUCCCACAUUCCCCAACGUCGCCACCUCGACCGCGGCCGGAGGAUGUUAGCCCAAUAAGUGAGAGGGGUUCAUCCCCUGAGGCAUUUGACACCUCACGCACACGAGAAAGGAAGACGAGACGAAGCCAAGCAGCCACCGGUGACAAGUCUACCCCGACCAUCAAAACCGAACGACCAUCGGCCAAUCGGAGAAACCGUGCGAUUAGCUCAGCGUCCUCACAAAGCCGGGGGCGUUCCGUGGCCUCGCGCGAGGCGUCUCCAACAGCGGACACAAGACGUGAUUCUCGACCGGGACGCCGCACUGGUGCUGCUCCAAGUGUCGACGAGUCAACCCCCAAGCUACGGUCCAAGCGCAAACGUGGUCUGAGUGAAUCAUUCGAAGAGCCCAAGGUAGACACGUCUCGAUAUGUCGUGUGUACACGCGGUUUCCAUCGAACCGCGGCUCCCAUCUUAAAUGAUGUGACUACUCAUAAGCUGGCUUCCAUUUUUGCCAAGCCACUUGGAGAGCGCGACGCACCCGGCUACCACGACCUGAUCUACCGCCCGCAAGACCUUAAAACCAUCAAAUCCGCCGUUCACCAAGGAAGCAAAGCCGUGGCCGCUUCAACCGAAGCCGUCAGUACUCCAGCCGGUGCAGGCGAUAGCGAAUCACCGGCACCGAUCUCCGGAACGCCCACUAAGAACAAUGUUCUCAUGCUCCAGAAGAGCGAAGACCUCCUUCCUCCAAAGGGUAUUGUCAACUCUGCUCAGUUGGAGAAGGAGUUUGUACGGAUGUUCGCCAAUGCAAUCAUGUACAAUCCCGUUCCGGAGCGAGGCUUCGGUCCUGGUUUCCCGAUGAUCAGCGAGCGUGGUUCCCGCGAGAGCACGCAGUCGAGUGACGGGGAAGAGGGUGGUAUCAUCCAAGACUCAAAGGACAUGUUCAAGGAUGUCGAGCAGGCCGUGACUCGAUGGCGUGCCGCUGAGCGCACGGCCGAUGAGUUGGCAUACAAGAACGUGCUGUCGUUGAGGCGAGGUAGUGCCAGCGACUUCAACACGGAUAGCGCGGAUGAUGCUAAAGGGUGA